AUGAAAGUCGUUGGGUUCGGUUGGUUUUUGGCUGCUACUUUAAUAAAACUAGCCGUUGCUGAUCCGAGUUCCUAUAUCACUGAAUACAGUUCGAGUCCGAAGAAAGUAGUAGCUGCCAUAAAACAUAUCCAUGUCUUUGGAGAAUCGAACUACAUGAGGGUCAAGGCCUACAUCCACGAUGAUCGCACCCACUUCGAUCUCUAUGUCCAGAUGCUCCAUGAGCUGGGCAGCAACCAUCUCAUAAUGAACAUAAAAGUUCGCGUUAAACCCGAUGGAACUAGCGUUUUCGUGCCAUUAUUCGAACUUAGGCGCAUGAACUUUUGUGAAUUUCUCAGCGAAUAUAACUCGAAUCCGGUGAUGCAUUUUAUGUUCAAGAAAAACAUCAAUCUGAUCGAUAUCAUCGUGUGUCCCGUCCGCGUGGGAAACUAUUCCUUGCUAAACUCCGAUGUGGCUGGAAGUAUGCGGGCGCAAGGUAUCCAUAACGGCACCUAUAAGUUCUUUGCCGAAAUCGUCGAGGAAAUCGGAGAGAUUGCCAAAGUUUUUGCCCUACAAGUCACUUCGAUGGUGUAUAUUGUAGACAAGGAACUGGAGUGCCAAACUGGAAGAAAUGCUAUAGUUUGUGUGUAG